GGCUCGGCGGCGCCCGGAGCGCGGCGGGCGGAGGAGCGCAGCCCCGCGGGUGGCGAACAUCAGCAUCAAGAUUGAGCCUUUUUGAGUAAAGAACAUACAAAAUGGCAUCAAUGCUACUUAGUCGACAGCUGAGCUGUUGUCUGCAGCAGAACUCCAGGCUGCUCAUAUUUGGACAUAGAUAUAUCAGUCAAGCUGCAGCCAAAAUUGAUGUGGAUUUUGAUUAUGAUGGACCUCUCAUGAAGACAGAAGUUCCUGGACCACGAUCUCGGGAAUUAAUGAAGCAGCUGAAUGGCAUUCAGAAUGCUGAAGCUGUGCACUUCUUCUGCAACUACGAAGAGAGCCGAGGGAACUACCUCGUGGAUGUGGAUGGCAAUCGCAUGCUGGAUCUCUACUCUCAGAUUUCAUCCAUCCCGAUAGGUUACAGCCAUCCGUCUCUGAUAAAGCUUCUCCAGCAGCCACAGAACCUGAGCACUUUUAUCAACAGACCUGCCCUAGGGAUUUUACCUCCGGAGAACUUUUCAGAAAGACUGAAGGAAUCUUUGUUAUCAGUGGCUCCCAAGGGUCUGCCACAGGUGAUGACCAUGGCUUGUGGAUCCUGCUCAAAUGAAAAUGCAUUUAAAUUAAUAUUUAUGUGGUACAGAAACAAGGAGAGAGGCCGUAAUAAUGUCACAAAAGAGGAACUGGAAUCAUGCAUGAUUAACCAGCCCCCCGGCUGCCCCGACUAUGCCAUGCUCUCCUUCAUGGGUGGCUUCCACGGAAGGACCUUCGGUUGCUUAGCUACAACUCACUCUAAAGCAAUUCACAAACUGGACAUCCCCUCGCUGGACUGGCCUAUUGCUCCAUUUCCAAGACUAAAGUACCCUCUGGAAGACUUUGUGAAAGAGAAUCAACAGGAAGAAGCCCGUUGUUUAGAGGAGGUGGAAGAUCUGAUUGUCAAGUACAGGAAAAAGAAGAAGAUUGUGGCUGGAAUCAUUAUAGAGCCAAUACAGUCAGAGGGUGGAGACAACCAUGCCUCGGAUGACUUCUUUAGAAAGCUACGAGAUAUUGCCAGAAAGCAUGGCUGUGCAUUCUUGGUGGAUGAGGUGCAGACUGGAGGUGGCUGCACAGGAAAAUUCUGGGCACACGAGCACUGGGGCCUGGAUGAUCCAGCUGAUGUGGUAACAUUUAGUAAGAAGAUGAUGACAGGAGGAUUUUUCCACAAAGAGGAGUUCAGGCCAAAUGCUCCUUAUCGGAUUUUUAACACCUGGCUUGGAGAUCCAUCCAAAAACCUUCUGCUUGCUGAAGUCAUUAGGGUUAUUAAAAGAGAAGACCUUAUAAACAACGCAGCCCAUGCAGGAAAAGCACUACUGACUGGCCUACUGGAUUUACAGGCUCGCUACCCCCAUCUUAUCAGCAGAGUGAGAGGAAGAGGAACGUUCUGUUCGUUUGACACUCCAAAUGAUGCAACUAGAAACAAGUUAAUUACAAUAGCGAGAAACAAAGGUGUUGUGCUGGGAGGCUGUGGUGACAGAUCGAUCCGUUUUCGUCCAACACUGAUCUUCAAGGACCACCACGCACAUCUCUUCCUGAACAUUUUCAGUGACAUCUUGGCAAACUUCAAGUAAAAAGCAGUUCUCUCACAUGGAACAACUAACUGAUUAUGAAAGUAGUUUGCAUUAAUUCAUGUCUUCUCCACUUACGAGAUAAGUGUAAAGUCAUAAACUGAGGUUUGUGUUCUGUCUGUAAUCCUGCCCAAGGCAAGCUGCUCCAUGCAAAACAGCACAGGCAGAGCACUGGUACUGCUCACCAGCAGGUACCUGCAGCGCCCCUGCGCUGCGCCUGUAGAGGCUGUGGCCCUCCAUCUUUGGGCCGUGCAAACUGCAGAGCCCUCCCUACACCUAUGGCCCUGACUGCUUGAUUUGUCUAAAUAGGACCUGGCACAGUCCAUCUUCACAGAUAAUCCCAGCAGUUUUACUUGUGUCCAGAAGCAGCAACAAGUAUGGCCUAACACUUAAAUGCACAUACAAAUGCCUGCCAUGCAGAAAGAGCCAUUCUCUGAUGGCAGACAGAAUAAAAGGCAUUUCAAGGAAAGCUUUGCUUUCCACCACUGCCAAGUACAGUAUUUUACAGAAUAAUUGCCAGCUUUAUUCCCCUAAACACUGGUCUGCCAUACCACGUGCAUCACAGCACUGCUCUACUCAGCCAUUAGCCUACAGGUGCGGCUUCAGAGGUGUAAUGCACAGCCACGUGUGCAGGGCAGAGCACAAAUGAAGCACUCUGUCCUUGCCCUGGAGGUCUAAACUUUUGCCUUCUCUUACAAUCAGACCUGUACAGAAAAAUGUAUACUGAAAUGUUUCUGAUUUGACAAAGCUUAGAGAAUCGUGCAAAGCACAUCAUUUCCACCUCUGUCAGUGAUCUUAUAGGAUUAUUUUCCCAUUUGCCCAAAACGCACCGUAACAGCCAUUAAUUAUAGCUAUUACAAGUUCUAUGUUACUACUUGACUAUCUUGUAAAACUACAGCAGAACUGCUUGAUCUCAGCCACUGGGUGACAUGAGAGCCACUACUGUGUAAACUCACAGUAGCAGUGAGUAGUCCCAACUGCACAUUGUAAUGCAACGUAUUUCUGUCCUAAUAGUUUACAGAGGUCUUCUGGAAAGCCACAGAAUCAAAAAAUGUCAACACUUUGUUGUGUUGUAGUUGUUCUGGACAUCUCUUUACUGUGAACUCUUUGCUGUUUGUUUCAGGCUGACUUGAAUUAGUUCUGGUACCUUCUUCAGUUUGUUUUCUUGGCUAGCAGGCACCAGGUGUUUUCCUACUGAGUUGAACUUCUUUUAUGUUAUGCACCAAAAAAGAGGGACCACAUUUGACACUGCAGUCGCCCUAUUAGCAAGUCUUUAAUUAUACAGUAAAGACAGAGCAGUUAAAGGAUUUAUACAUGCUUAAAAGAGCUACCAAACUGUGAAAGGUUUCUUACCUUGCUACAUUUUAAUCGUGGUUUUCCCAUUUUAUUUAUUGAGUUCUGGUAUUGGACAACUCAAGAAAACUCACUUCUGUUAGCUUAAAAAUAAUGGGAUUUCUAUGAACCUCUCUGCAGAACCCACAAUUCUGGUACCAGCUGGUCAGAACCUGAGCAGGUUUUUGAACAGGUUGUUGAAAUCUGGAGAAGGGUCUGGUGGACUGGUGUUCAACAAAGCCUCACUGUCAUCACUGUCCUCAUAAGAGUUUUAUCACCAAGAGGAAAGUCAAACUGAGAACUGCAUUUGACUGCAUUCUGGGAAUUAGGUAGUUUGACAUAUCAGUGCAGUAGUUUUAGUGUCCUAGCAAGUCUUGUACUUUUACAGAAGCAAAGGUCCAGUAAUUUGAAGUCUUACCACAUCUUCACUUUUAUGAUGAAUACUCUAGAUGUUUUUAUAAUUUUUACUGACACUCAGUAACUGUAUAAUUGUGUACAACAUGCCGAUGAGAUCAUGUUAGAGAAUACAUAGAAAGCACUGCAGCUGAAGCAUAUGAAGUUAAUAUUGUUUACAGCAUACUGUGGACAGUGCCAAAUAAAUGUUUAAACCAAUACUUAAGUACACUUCAUGGUGUAAUUAGUAACUGUACACAAAUUCGUAACAAAAUGACAUCUCGUGUAAUCAGUAUUCUUAAAUAAAAUAUUUAUAAUUGAACUUCCCCAAGGCUCUUUAUUUUACACUUAGCACAUGCCUAACUGAAUCAUUAGUGCAUAUUAAAUAUAUUCCUGUGAAGAGAUGCCUCCACAAAUCAUACUGUAUGCAUACAGGCCACCUCUGUCAACUGGUUUCCUGCUGCCAUAGUAUUUAAGCCAAGGAAGACUUUUAUUUUCCCUUUGAUAUUGCUACACAACUCACUAUGAGCCACAAUUCAGAUGAAGACACCAAUUAGGAGACAUUCAGUGUGAAUGAACAGUAGAUCAGGGUUAGCCUUUGCAUUCUAACAGCAAUUUUACUUACUCGAUCUGCUGAUCCACUGAGAUGGAUUUCAAUAGGCCUGAGGAAUAAACUGAAAAGCACACUCCAGAUGUCACUGCUGGUGAAGGUUAGUUGAUGUGCUGUCAUUCAGGUUGGAAAAGAUCUCAAAAGUCAUCAAACCCAGCUGUUAACCUAGCACUGCCACUAAACCACAUCCCUAAGCACUGCAUCUACACGUCUUCUCAGUACCUCAGCUGUGCACUGGGCUGCCUACUCCAAUGCUUCAUAACCCUCUCUGCAAGGAGACUUUUUGUAAUACCCAGCUUAAACUUGAGGCUAUUUCCUUAUCCUGUCAUUAUUACCUGGGAGAAUAGACUGAGCCCUGCCUUGCUAAAGCCUCCUUUGAGGUAACUGCAGAGAGCAAUAAAGUCCCCAGGCUUCCUUUCCUCUAUGCUCAACAAUCCAAGUUCUCUCAUCUACUUCUCCAAAGGCUGGCUUAUGCUGCAGACCCCUCACAGCCCUGCUGCCCUUCUCUGGACAUGCUGCAGGGCCUCCAUGUCUUUCUUCUUGUUUGGGGCCCAAAGCUGAACUCAAAGCAUGGCCUCACCAGACCCAAGCUCUGACAGAUGCUCCCCUGCUCCUGCUGGGCAUAGGAUGACAGAAGCCAAACCUCACAUCAAAUGAAGUAACAGCUAGAAAAGCAGUGUGAAGACUUAAUUUGCUUUUGACAAUUAAAAAAAAAUCUUAAGUGAUCAAGUUACAUUCUUUCCCAGAUUUAAAUCCUGCUCCUUAUUUCUGCUGAGAUUUUGGCUUUGGCAAAGGAGGAAUCACAGUAACACAGCAGAACACAGCCUCUGCCCUUUACAGACACAGGUGAGGUGAUGAGCUCCACUCACACAGGUGGUGUCGUGAUCAGCUCCACCAGUUCAACAGAACACAAGCUACACCUGUUACACUUCUCAGCUGUAAUUCAACACAGCUUGCAGUUGUCUUACCUUUUCUCUCUUUGUUUUAGGUUGGGGCAGUGGGUGGGUAUUUGGCAAGGGUUCUGUAGAUGUUAAAACAAGCCCAAAUCAGCGCACAGAUCAGGCAGUACAGAGCAGCUGGACCACAGCUACACAGUAAUCUAUGGUGGGGUAAAUAAAAGGUUGGUGACUUCAGUCUCAGAUAAUUUUUUGGCAAUAUUUACUGUUUUUGCAACUCAACUGUUACAGCAGUGAUUAAAUGUCUUUCAUAUAUACAACCUAAAAAC